AUGUCGCAGCUCACUCACGACUCGGCCGUCCUGGUCGUUGGCGGCGGCACCUGGGGCUGCAGCGUGGCGCUCCAGCUCGCGCGGCGUGGCUAUAAAAACAUCACCGUGCUUGAUUCACACCCCAUUCCGUCGCCCAUUGCGGCGGGCAACGACGUGAACAAGAUCAUGGAAGAGGGCUCGCCCUCGUCCUCAGACUCGGACGAAGAAUACGUCUGGAACCGGAUGCAUCAGCUGGCCACCAACGCGUGGAAGACAGAUUCUGUAUUCCGCCCGUUCUACCACCCGACGGGCUUUAUCAUGGCGGCGUCUCAAGAGGCGACUUAUCCCGACAUCGACGCCUCCAUGCGAGCGUGCAAGGGCAAAAUUCGGCCGCUAGCGUCGCCUGCUGACUUCCAAGCCACCAUGCCCGACGGAGUCUUGACCGGAUCCUUUCCGGGCUGGAAAGGCUUCCUCCAAGAGACCGGUGCUGGCUGGGUGUUUGCGCGUGGCGCGGUCGAGGCUGCCUACAACGAGGCACUAAGACUUGGUGUGCGCUUUCUAGCGGACCACGUCAAGGGCAAAGUGCUCCGCCUGAUAUACUCGUCGACAGACGUUAUCGGCGCGCAGACAGCUGACGGCCGAGAACACCGAGCUGACCAAGUCAUCCUCUGCGCUGGCGCGAAUAGCGACCAGCUAUUCGAUUUUGAGCGACAGCUCCGGCCGACAGCCUGGACUCUGGCUCAUAUCCAGAUGACCGAGGAGGAGCGGUGCCUCUGGAAAGACCUCCCUGUCUUGUUUAACGUGAACUCGGGGUUUUUUAUUGAACCGGACGCACAAAAUGGAGAACUGAAGUUCGUCGAUGAACACCCAGGCUACUGCAACUUUGUCCGGGAUCCUGAGUCAGGGGAGGAAAAGUCCAUUCCUUUCGCCAAACAUCAGAUCCCCGUUCAAUCCGAACAAAAGGCGCGCGAAUUUCUGCGCGAAACCGUGCCCCAGAUCGCCGAAAGGCCUUUUUCGUUCGCACGCAUCUGCUGGGACGCAGACACCCCCGACCGCCAGUUCUUGAUUGACCGGCCCCCAAAGUACAAAUCACUUGUUGUUGCUGUGGGCGGCUCCGGGAAUGGGUUCAUGAUGAUGCCUGCCAUAGGAAUUGCCGUUGCAGAUGUGCUGGAGGGAGUGAUUGAGCCCAAGCUCAAGCAUGGUUUCAGAUGGCGACCUGAGACAGCCGUGGAUCGGGAUUGGCGAGACACUCAACACAGACAUGGCGGCGAUGAGACUGUCAGAGAUUUCCAGAAAGUAGACGAGUGGACUCAUAUCGGCGAGCUGUAA